CCAAUAACGCGGUUUACCCUGUUCUACUCAACUCAAACUGAAGUUACCAGCACGCUACUCGCACGUGCGACUGAAAUCCAGCACGUGUUUCCAAGUCCUCUUUCUCUAGCUCAAAAAUCUACUAGUCGUCUCGUCUAUGCACCACACUUCAACUCCCCUUUCUUCUCUUCAUUCCUCUCAAACCCCCUCGCCGUUACUUUUCGCCGGACAUGUCGGUCAACACUAUUAAAGUCAGUAACGUUUCCUUGGGAGCAUCUGAACAAGACAUUAAGGAGUUCUUUUCAUUUUCCGGUGAUAUUGAAUAUGUUGAAAUGAAAAGUCAUGAUGAACGAUCUCAAAUUGCCUAUGUUACUUUCAAGGAUCCACAAGGUUCUGAGACUGCAGUACUACUAUCGGGAGCAACAAUAGUUGAUUUGUCAGUUAACAUAACUCUGGAUCCAGAUUACCGGCUUCCACCUGCUGCCUUGGCAUCAUCUGUCACAGAAGGUAAAACUCCUGGCGGUGCCGACUCUGCUUUACGAAAGGCAGAGGAUGUGGUCACCAGCAUGCUUGCCAAGGGCUUUAUCUUGGGUAAAGAUGCUGUGAACAAAGCAAAGGGUUUUGAUGAGAAGCACAAGUUAACUUCAACAGCCUCAGCGAAAGUUACGUCUUUUGACCAAAAACUUGGGAUUAGUGAGAAAUUAAGUGUCGGUGCUUCGGUUGUGAGUGAUAGAGUUAAAGAAGUGGAUCAAAAGUUUCAGGUUUCGGAGAAGACCAAAUCAGCAUUUGCAGCUGCUGAACAGAAAGUCAGUACUGCCGGGUCUGCUAUAAUGAAGAACCGGUAUGUACUCACCGGUGCUUCAUGGGUGACAGGUGCUUUUAGUAAGGUUGCUAAGGCAGCUGGGGAUGUAGGACAGAAGACAAAAGAGAAAGUGGAAAAUGCAGAAGAGGAACAGCACCGAAAAGUCGAAGACCAGUAUGCGCAGGUCCUUUCAGAGUCUCCAAAAGCAGCAGCAACAAGUGAACUGCACUCUUCCAAGCCUGCUCCUGCUCAGGGUUUGAUCCUCUGAUUCACUUCUUGUAUAUACCUUUUUUAAAACUCCUGCAAAUUGUUUCAAUGUGAGCACACCUUUGACAGAUUUUACUAAUCACUUGGACAAGGUUGCAGCUAUUUGAUUUUCUUUUAUAAGCAAAGAGAAAUUGAAUUUCCCAACUUUGAAAUUAUAUGCUUGUUAUCUUUUUGCCCAUUCACUACUGACUCCAUGGAGAAAAAAGAUAAGGGAUUGGAAAGCUUUUCCAGUAUACAUUUCUCGUAUUGCUUUUCUUUGUUGUUGUUGUUGUUGGGAAACUUUGGAAAUUUUAUUAUGACACAAGGGUGGAAAUUGCAGGAUUAUGAGAUCCUCCAAAA